AUGAGUUCGACUGCCACCACCGUCCAAGAGCAGCCCUCCCAGGCUGGCGUUCUCAAACUCAGAGGGUACCACCAGCCCGGAUGGGAUACCGCCAUGCUUCAGGAGCUCGAAUCCAAAGGGUACACUGUUGUGAAAGGCGCCAUCCCACCCACUCGCGCUAAAGAGUACGAAGACAAGGCGUACCGGUGGCUCGAAAGCUUUGGCAAGGGUUUUGUCAAGGAUGACAAGAAGACUUGGAGAUUCGCCAACCUUCCAGCAUUUGCAAAGGGAGGUCUUUUCAAUCGACACGGUGUACACCACGAGCAGUUUGCCUGGGAUAUUCGUGCCGAGCCCGGGCUGAUCGAGGCGUUCUCGAAGAUCUGGGGCACAGACGAGCUGCUCGUAUCCUUCGAGACAGACGGUGUCAACGUUUCUCUGCCAUUCGUAGCGAACGAGUUUCCCGCAGACGCGGCCGCCCCAUGGCCUCAUGUCGAUCAGAGUCCAAGGCGACGGGAGAAGCACUGCAUCCAGGGUAUCGCGAACCUCGCUCCAAACGGGCCCAAAGACGGGGGCCUCAUGGUUCUCGAAAACUCCCUCCCGCUGUACACCGAAUUCUUCGACACUCACCCCGAAGUCAAACCCGCCGAAGGCUGGCCCACCCGCGACUCGUGGUCGUAUAGGGAAGAAGACAUCAAAUGGUUUGAGAGCAAGGGAUGCAGGUGGAAGAAGGUGGAAGCAGAGCCGGGGGAUUUGAUCUUGUGGGAUAGUCGAUGUGUGCAUUAUGGCGCUGCUGCGACGGGUGAAGUGCCGAGAGUCGCGACUUAUGUGUGUUACAAACCUGCCGCAGGUAUCUCCCCCGAGAUGCUCCAAAAGAAGAAAGAGUGUCUUGCCGACUACUCUGGAACUACCCACGACCCACUCGACUUUUAUAUCACUGGUACCAACGCCCGCGGACCGCUCUCUGACGAUGAGAAUCAACAGCCCCACGAACCUGCGGUGUUGAGUGAGCGAGCGAAGAAGCUUGCAGGCUUGGUCCCUUACUAG